AUGGCAGAAAAGUUUGAAAGCCUCAUGAACAUUCAUGGGUUUGAUUUGGGCUCUCGAUACAUGGACUUAAAACCCCUCGGCUAUGGUGGCAAUGGCUUAGUUUUUUCUGCUGUUGAUAAUGACUGUGAUAAGCGAGUGGCUGUGAAGAAAAUUGUCCUGACUGACCCUCAGAGUGUCAAACAUGCUCUGCGGGAGAUCAAAAUUAUCCGAAGACUUGAUCAUGAAAAUAUUGUUAAAGUAUUUGAAAUUCUCGGCCCUAAUGGAAGUUGCCUAACUGAUGAUGUGAGCUCGUUAACCGAGCUGAACUGUGUGUAUAUUGUUCAGGAGUAUAUGGAGACCGAUCUAGCCAAGCUUCUAGAGCAAGGCCCACUUCGUGAAGAGCAUGCUAGGCUCUUUAUGUACCAGCUGCUACGUGGGCUUAAAUAUAUCCACUCGGCUAAUGUGCUGCAUCGAGAUCUUAAGCCAGCAAACCUGUUCAUAAACACUGAAGAUUUGGUGGUAAGAAUUGGAGAUUUUGGUCUUGCUCGAAUCAUGGAUCCCCAUUAUUCCCACAAGGGACAUCUUUCUGAAGGACUUGUCACCAAAUGGUAUCGAUCUCCACGCCUUUUACUUUCACCAAAUAACUACACUAAAGCUAUUGAUAUGUGGGCAGCUGGGUGCAUCUUUGCUGAAAUGCUGACUGGAAAAACCCUUUUUGCAGGUGCACAUGAACUUGAGCAGAUGCAGCUAAUUCUGGAGUCUAUACCUGUUGUUCAUGAAGAAGAUAGACAGGAGCUUCUCAGUGUAAUCCCAAUCUUUAUCAAAAAUGAUAUGACCGAGCCACAUACUCCUUUAACACAGCUACUUCCUGGGAUCAGUCCUGAAGCUCUAGACUUCCUGGAGCAAAUUCUGACAUUUAGUCCUAUGGACAGACUAACGGCAGAAGAAGCUUUGUCCCACCCAUAUAUGAGCAUCUAUUCUUUCCCUUUGGAUGAGCCAAUUUCACACCAUCCUUUUCACAUUGAAGAUGAGGUAGAUGAUAUAUUAUUGAUGGAUGACAACCACAGCCAUGUCUAUAAUUGGGAAAGAUAUCAUGACAGCCAGUACUCAGACCAUGACUGGCCUAUCCAUAAUCAUUUUGAAGCUGAUGAAGUUCAGCGUGAUCCAAGGGCUCUUUCGGAUGGAAGUGAUGAGGAAGAGGUUCAGGUGGAUCCUCGCAAAUAUCUGGAUGGAGAACGAGAAAAAUAUCUAGAAGAUCCUGCUUUUGAUCCAUAUUUCUCUGCUGAGCCUUCUUGGCCGCAUUCAAAUCACCAUGAGAAUAAAUAUUGUGAUCUUGAGUGCAGCCAUACCUGUAACUUCAAAAUGAGGUCCUCAUCUUACCUAGAUAACUUGGUGUGGAGGGAGAGUGAGGUAAACCAUUAUUAUGAGCCAAAACUUAUUAUCGAUCUUUCCAACUGGAAGGAGCAAAAUAAGGAGAAGCUAGAUAAGAAGGGGAAAUCAAAAUGUGAAAAAAAUGGUUUAGUGAAGGCUCAGAUAGCCCUUGAAGAAGCAUCACAGCAGCUAGUUGAAAAAGAAAGGGAAAAAACGAAAAGAGUUUGACUUUGAUUCAUUCAUAGCAGGUACCAUUCAGCUUAGUAUGCAAGAUGAUUCUUCCAGUGUUGACAAGCUCAAUGACUUGAAUAGCUCUGUAACACAACUUGAAUAUAAGUCCUUAAUAUCAAAGUCUGUAAGCCUGGAAAAGCAAGAGAAAGGCAUGGUCAACCUUGCACAAUUGGGUGCUCGAAACCAAAAUUCUUGGGACAGUCCAAUCCUAACUGGUGAAGACUGCUUCCUAAAAGAUCAGUUUUGUGGUGAAGUGAGGAAGGAUGAUCACAAUCAGAAGGAAAAUACUUACACAGGUUACCUAGAUAACUUGUUUAGUAGAAAGGAAGAGCCAGAAGUGUCAGACCCUGAGCCAGCAGAAGAAGGAAAAGAUAGCAGCAAGGAAAAUGAGGAAGGCUUACCAAAUUUUAGUGGCGACAUCAUCUUUAGUAAGCAGCUGGAUUGCAUAGGGAUUCCCCAGUUUCAUAAUCCUGUUGGCUCACCCCUCAAAUCAGUACAAGCCACACUGACGCCUUCUGCAAUGAAAUCCUCUCCUCAGAUCCCCCACAAAGCCUACAGCAGCAUUCUAAAACAUUUAAACUAA